UCCAGAAUGUCGGUGACCGGUCUGCUCCUCACCGGUGGUUACGGCCCCGGCCGCUCCGACCUCGAGCCGUUCCUGGGCGAGGUGGGGCCGAUCGUCGCCGCCGACUCCGGCUUCGACCUGGCGCUGGCUCUGGGGCUGCGUCCGGAGUUGAUCGUCGGCGACAUGGAUUCGGUGCGCGCCCGGCUGCCGCAAGAGCGGGUACGCCGCUUCCCACGUGACAAGGAGUUCACCGACACCGAGCUCGGCCUGCAGGCGCUCAAGGAUCUCGGCUGCGAUCGGGUGGUGAUCGCCGGCGGCGGCGGCGGCCGUCUGGACCAUCUGCUGUUCAUCGUCGCGCUGUUCGAGCGGGAGACCGUGCCGUUGUGCUGGAUCACCGCGCACGAGCACGUGGAGGCGAUCCGCGGCACGGCCGCCUAUCGCGGCUGGGUGGGGCAGACGGUGUCCUUUCUCCCGCUGUCGCAGGGGGCGGCGAUCGAGCGCUCGGAAGGGCUGCGCUGGCCGCUGGACGGGCUGCGCUGA